UUCGUAGUUGGAGGAAGGUUUAAUUUGAUCAUAUGAUUUGGGCCUAAGAUAAUAGCCCAUUAAGUAUAACCAAAGGCUUAAAACUAACUUAGUCAAAUAAUCCGAAAUUUGGCGGGUCAAAUCUUUUACCGUACGAAUCGAAAAAACAAGACAGCUUGGAUCAAAGGUGAACAUUCAUCCUUCCUUACCCGACAAAUUUACUCAAAAAUCCGACCUAAAGUUUUGAUUUUUAUAAUCAAAUUUCCUCGAAUUGCUCGACAAAAGUUUAUUCCUUUACCAUCACAAUUUGUAGUUUACCCAGAUCCUUUUCUCCUCUGUUUUUUCUUUCGCAUUGUUAUCUUCAGUGUCUGUCUCAUUGUUCCCUUUUCCCAGAAGCUGAAACAAAUCUGUUUUUUUUUUUUUUGUUUUGUUUCUGUGAAUCUUCAGAUCUUGAUCUGAGAGACCCUACAGGUUCUGUUUCUGCUCUGCGAUUGAUUUAAUUACAUUUUUGAUUGAUGAUUAUAACUAACAAAUCAUGGGUCUACAUUUUUCAAGAAAAAAAUUAUGUUAAAGAAAUGUUUUUGCUAAAUCUGAAAUGUUUGUGAAUAUGUUUCUCUAAGUGUGCUUAUUGCUUUAUCUGCAGAUUCUCUUAGUGUUUUGGUUCACUGGAAUGAUCAAGGAUCUAGUUAUGUAGAAAUUUCUUAGUUUGGGAGAUUUCAUGAGAUUGCUAAGAGUUGAGUGAUACUAAGUUCAGGAUUAAUAUUGUUUUUGAGAAGAACACAGUCAAAGAUUUAGAAAGUGAUGUGAUUUUUUGGGUUCACAUAUGUUACACCGUCUUAGAUGGUUUAUUGGAUUGAGUAAAAGAAGUAGAGAAGCCAAGACGCUUGAUGCGAAACCUUACAUAUCCAAGGUUAAGCCAGUACUGAUGGUUGACACGGUUCAAGAGAUUGCGAUUUAUAUUCAUAGGUUUCAUAACCUUGAUCUUUUCCAGCAAGGAUGGUAUCAAAUCAAAAUCACCAUGAGAUGGGAGGAUGGUGAUAACGUAACUCGUGGUAUUCCUUCACGAGUCGUGCAAUAUGAAGCUCCUGAUUCCGGUGCUAAUGACUCAUAUGGAGUGUGGAAGAUAGUUGAUAAAGAUAAUAGUUUCUUAACACAGCCUUUCCGUAUCAAAUAUGCAAGGCAGGAUAUUCGUCUGUGUAUGAUGAUCUCAUUUACUCUGCCACUGGAACGAUAUGAGGGGUCAGCUACAUCUGCUGCUAUAUUAAAGUUUGAGCUCAUGUAUGCUCCCUCUGUAGAUAAUGCAUCAGCGAAGCAAUUAGAUACUUCUCCUGUUGCAGUUCAUGAGUUCCGUAUUCCUCCUAAAGCUCUUACAGGCUUGCAUUCAUACUGUCCAGUGCAUUUUGAUACACUUCACGCAGUUCUUAUUGAUGUGAGUGUCCACAUCAGUGUAUUGAAAUCGGCUGCUUACAAACGACCUGCAAGUCUAUCAAGUGGCGUAAGUAACAGUAAAAAUGUCAGUGGCAGCAGUGCUCAGUCUUUUAAGAAAGCACUUGGUUUGCUUGCUUCUGCUGACAAGAAACUGGUGUCAUUUGUUAAAGCAUUACUUGGAGCUCGUGGUAUUUUACUCGAGGAAAUGCAAAGACUUAGCAAGGCAGUUGGUCAGACAAUAGACUUGUCUGACUUUGUAUCAAAUAUGAACAAUGUUCAGUUAUCUAACUCAACAAGUACCGGUUCAGGACAAGGCAAGGAACAAAACAGUCUUGAGAAUUUGAAUAUUACAUUUGAUUUAACAAGUGAUGACUGGCUUCAUGAACUCUCGAAAGAUCAUCUAUCCCGUAUAUUCCACUUACUGGGCACCCAACUGCAUUAUCUUUGGAACACACUUCUGGGAUUUCACCGGGAUAAUCACACAAAAAUACUUGAAUAUCUUCGUGAUAUCUGGACUAAAGAUCGGAGAGCUGAAUGGUCAAUAUGGAUGGUGUACUCUAAGGUUGAAAUGCCCCAUCAUUUUAUAAAUAGUGGAAUGACAGAUAUCUUAAACCAGAGCGCGCACAAAAGGGCCUCAGGCGUGUUGAAUGAACCGGCCCAAAUUGCAGCUACACGUGCUGAACUUCACCGUCGGAGUAUUGCACAGAUGCGGAUUAACAACCGUUCAAUACAAGACAUGCAUAUACUUGGAGAUCCUAUGCGGGUUCCUAUUGUUAUCAUUGAACGUGUCUUGAAUGCACCAAGACGCACUUUAAGUGAUAAUUCGUAUUUGAGACAUAUGGAUCUGCUUGAUUCUAGCUUGCUAAAUGGGCACAAGGAUGAAGCAGAAAAAACAAAAGUCACUAACUCCCAGCAAAGUGCCCGUGAACUAAAAAUCGUCGUAUUUGUUCAUGGUUUUCAGGGGCAUCACUUGGACUUAAGGCUUGUCCGGAAUCAGUGGCUUCUGAUAGAUCCAAAGAUAGAGUUUCUCAUGUCUGAGGCAAAUGAGGAGAAAACACAUGGUGAUUUCAGGGAAAUGGGACAAAGGCUCGCUCAAGAAGUUGUUUCUUUCCUUAAGAGGAAAAAGGAUAGAUAUGCAAGACAAGGGCAUUUGAAAAGCAUCAAAUUGAGUUUUGUUGGUCAUUCUAUUGGCAAUGUCAUCAUCAGAACAGCAAUUGCCGAUAGUUUAAUGGAACCAUACAGGAAGUAUCUACACACAUAUCUAUCGCUUUCGGGUCCGCACUUGGGGUAUCUGUACAGUACAAACUCCUUGUUUAAUUCCGGGCUUUGGCUACUGAAGAAGUUAAAGAGUACACAAGUUAUCCAUCAGCUUACACUCACAGAUGAUCCUGAUCUCCGGCAUACUUUCUUUUACAAACUCUGCAAGCAAAAGACAUUGGAGAAUUUCAAAAAUAUAAUUCUCCUCUCAUCGCCUCAGGACGGUUAUGUUCCAUAUCACUCAGCAAGAAUCGAGUCAUGCCAACCUGCUUCUUUCGACAGCUCGAAAAGGGGAGUUGCCUUCUUGGAAAUGCUGAAUAAUUGUCUGGACCAAAUACGUGGACCGGUCCCCGAAGCACCUCAUCAGCAAAGGGUGUUCAUGCGCUGCGACGUCAACUUUGACAUGACCGUUUAUGGUCGUAACCUGAACUCAUUCAUCGGACGUGCUGCUCACAUCGAGUUUUUGGAGUCCGAUAUAUUUGCUAGAUUUAUAAUGUGGUCAUUCCAAGAUCUUUUCCGCUGAAUUUUGUACCAAGUUGAAGAAAUUUUGGGAUUUACAGAGAGAUAUAAACUGUUGUAUAUUAACUUUGUAGAUAGUUUUGUCUACAAUUGCUGUCGCGAGAAAGAAAAAACAGAUAGUUGGCUUUACAAGCAAUGUUGUACGUUCUUGUAGAUAUAGAUAGAUUUUUUUUUUUUUUCUUUAUUUUUUGAGAAGAAAUAUAAGCUUGUUUUGAUGUUACUCAAUUGUAGGCCUGGCAUAAUA